UAGUCCGUGAAAAAAGAGUGUAGAAGUAGUUUCUCCGUGGCCCCCACUUCUUCAUUCACCCAACGGUCAAUACUCCUCCAUCUCACCUAACAGGCCACACCUCACCGCACAUCGUCUUCAACCGUCGACUAAUCAUCUCCGGCGAACCUCCGCAGAAUCACGUAUCCGUCACCGUCGCAGCUCUCCGAUUCGGUCGGCCAUGUUGGCGAAGCUCUUCCAAAAAUCCAUUCUCUCACCUCGUCACCAUGAUGCUGAACGGAGAAGUGUCACAUCGGCGGACUUGGAUCCACGUGUUGUUCUUCAUUAUGGGAUUCCAUCUACUGCGUCCAUUCUGGCCGUCGACCCCAUUCAAGGACUCUUGGCAGUGGGAACUCUGGAUGGUAGGAUAAAAGUGAUAGGUGGUGAUAAUAUUGAAUGCCUUCUGAUUUCUCCCAAGCAGUUGCCAUUCAAGAACCUAGAGUUCCUACGCAACCAAGGUUUUCUAGUCAGUGUCUCAAAUGAAAAUGAAGUGCAGGUUUGGGAUCUGGAAUGCAGGCAUCUUGCUUCUAAUUUACAGUGGGAGUCCAAUAUAACUGCUUUCUCUGUUAUCUAUGGUACACAGUACAUGUAUGUUGGGGAUGAACAUGGAUCAUUGUUUGUGUUAAAGUAUGAUCAUCAAGAAGGAAAGCUUCUGCAUCAGCCAUAUCACAUUCCUGCAAAUGCUGUUGCUGAAGUUGCGGGGAUUUCAGUGCCUAUUCAUCAUUCCAUUGUAGGAGUCCUCCCCCAACCCUGUUCUCAUGGGAAUAGAAUGCUGAUUGCAUAUGAGAAUGGCCUACUUAUUGUCUGGGAUGCCUUUCAAGAUUCUGUUGUUUGUGUUAGAGGCUACAAGGAUCUCCAAGUGAAGAAUAAAACAGUGGUUAAUUCUCCAAAUGAUAUGAGACAUGAACUUUCUAAUGAUACAUCAGAAAACAUACCAAUGGAGAAAGAUAUAAGCUCUCUCUGUUGGGCAUCUGCAAAUGGGUCAAUUCUUGCUGUUGGCUACGUAGAUGGGGAUAUUAUUUUAUGGAACUUAUCAACUGAUAUAUUUACCAAAGAUCAGCCUGGCAAUUUGCCUGAUAAUGCUGUUAAGCUACAGCUAUCUUCAGGCAGCAGAAGACUCCCAGUUAUUAUGCUAUAUUGGUCUGAAGACAGAUCUCAUGAUGAUUGUGGGGGCCACCUCUUUAUCUAUGGUGGUGAAGCAAUUGGAUCUGAUGAAGUUCUCACGAUCUUGAGUCUUGAUUGGUCUUCUGGGAUUGAAAAUUUGAAGUGUGUUGGCCGUCUAGACCUUACACUUAAUGGUUCUUUUGCGGAUAUGAUUCUGUUGCCUAAGUCUGGUGUGCCAGGGAGUAGUGGCAGUACUUCAUUAUUUGUAUUAACAAACCCUGGGCAAUUGCAUGUUUAUGAUGACACUUGCUUGUCCGCCUUAAUGUCUGAGCAUGAGAAAAGAUCACAUGUCCCUGCAGUGCAAUAUCCUGUGGUUAUGCCUACUGUGGAACCAUACAUGACUGUGGGAAAGCUCAGUUUGGUACAUGGAGAUGGGAAGUUGGCCAGGGCCUUUUCUGAGACAGCCUCAGCUUUGAAGCUUCGAGUGGGACAAACCCUGGCUAUGGGAAGUAGGAAGUGGCCUCUGACUGGUGGCCUUCCCUGCAAACUUUCCUUUGCUGCAGAUAAUGGGCUUGAGAGAAUGUAUAUAGCAGGUUAUCAAGAUGGAUCUGUUCGAAUUUGGGAUGCCACAUACCCAGCCCUGUCACUUGUUUUUGCUUUCAAAUCUGAGGUGAAAGGUAUCGAAGUUGCUGGUGUAGGCGCAUCAGUAUCAGCAUUGGAUUUUUGCUCCCUCAACUUAAGCUUAGCCAUUGGCAAUGAAUGUGGUCUGAUUCAUCUAUAUCAGCUACUUGGGAGUUCAGAUGACACAAAUUUGCAUUUUGUCACAGAAACUGAACAUGAAGUCCACAACUUGCAUCAAGAGAAUGAACCUCAAUGCACAGCUUUAUUUUCCCUCCUUAAUUCUCCUGUACGCCACCUACAAUUUUCGAUUUCUGGAGCUAGACUUGUUGUAGGAUUUGAAUGUGGCCGGGUCACUGUGCUUGACACUAAUUCCUUAUCAGUUUUGUUUCAUACAAGCUGUAUAGCCGGCUCAAGUUCUCCUCUAAUUUCUCUCGCAGUAAAAACAUUUUCAGAUAGUCCCUACUUAAUAAACAGUCCAAAGGACUCAGAACUCAAAAGUUCAAAUGAUACUGGAAAUGGGAUCAUAUUGUUUUUGACCAAGGAUGCUCAUAUUGUUGUUAUAGAUGGGACCACUGGUAGUAUGAUCAGCUCUCAGUUGACACACCCAGAAGAGUCUACUGCAAUUUCCAUGUACAUCUUUGAGGGCAGUACUUCCAUAUCCAAAGUGUCUGGUGAAAAAAAUACAUUGAACUCACCUCGAAAUUCUGAGGCUAAAAGUGAACCUGCAAAGCCAUUGGAAGUUGAGCCCCACAGCCCUAUUAGAGCCAGAUAUUCUGAGCAGAGCUUAAUGGGCUUACUUGUUUUACUUUGUUGUGAGGAUGCAUUGUACUUGUACUCUUUAAAGUCUGUGAUUCAGGGGGACAAUGUUUCUAUUCAGAAAGUCAACCUUGUAAAACCAUGUCGUUGGACUACAACCUUCAAGAAAGAUGAGAAAGAGAGUGGACUGGUUUUACUAUAUCAGAGUGGAGAUAUUGAAAUAAGGUCUUUGCCAGAACUUGAAGUGGUGGGAGAAUACUCUCUAAUGUCAAUAAUAAGAUGGAAUUUCAAGGCUAACAUGGACAAGGCAAUCAGUUCUUCAGAUAGGGGACAGAUUAUUCUGGUAAAUGGCUGUGAAAUUGCUUUCAUUUCUCUUUUGGCCUCUGAAAAUGAAUUCAGGAUUCCGGAGUGUUUGCCUUGUCUACAUAAUAAAGUCCUUGCAGAGGAUGCUGAUGCUGCUGUUGGCUUCUCACCAAAUCAGAAGAAAAAACAGGAUACAACCUCUGGGAUUUUGGGUGGCAUUAUUAAGGGUUUCUCAGGGGGUAAAAUGGAGCACAAUGUGGAUCUUACCGAAGCUCAGAAAACUGAUCUCUCACAUUUAGACAGCAUCUUUUCAAGGGUUCUAUUCUCAGACCCUUCUACCUUUACUGCAGACAGCCAAGGAGUUGUGGAGCUCAGCAUAGAUGACAUUGAAAUUGAUGGACCCUUAGUUGUUGAAUCUUCAUCUCGCAAGAGCGCAGGUGACAAGAGAGACAAGGAAACAGAGAGGGAAAAAUUGUUUGAAGGUUCAAAUACUGACGUAAAACCUAAAAUGAGGACGCCUGCAGAGAUCAUAGCUAAAUAUAGAUCUGCCGGGGAUGCCUCUACAGCAGCUGCUCAUGCAAGAGACAGACUUGUAGAGCGGCAGGAAAAACUUGAGAGGAUCAGCCAACGUUCAGAAGAGCUGCGGAGUGGGGCUGAGAACUUUGCAUCAAUGGCGAGCGAGCUCGCCAAGAAGAUGGAAAAUCGAAAAUGGUGGAACAAAUAACAAGCUUCCCAUCUGUUCACCAUAUGCGGCUGCUCCCAUUCAGAAGCAAGCACACCAUCUGUUCACCUUAUGCCCACUUCUCGGUACUUAUUCUUCUGGCUUCCAAGUCCCCACCAUACAUAAUUCUCACUACUACUCUUUUUACAGAACGCACCUGUAUAUAAAUGUAAUGGAUUCUUAACCUU